AUGCAAAAGUCGUUACGAGCAAAUGAACAACAACUUUACUAUUUAGUAAAUAAAGCACGUGAAAAUGGUACUGCUAAACUCUCAGGUAAUCUAUGGAAGAAAAGUUUAGAUACAAGUAAAUGGCAAUUACGCUAUUUCCUUCUUUAUCAAAAUCUUCUAUUCUACUUUGAAUGUGAACGUGCAGAAAGACCAUCUGGUGUGAUAUUUUUAGAGAGUUCCUAUUGUCAACUAAAUGUGAAUUUAAAAUCUGGACGAGAUGAUAAAAUCGGUGGGCAACAAGGCAACUACUUCACUAUUUCCUAUCGUAAAGAAGGUGUUCGACAGUAUGAUCUACGUGCAGACUCAGAAGAGGAGUGUUCCAUGUGGGUUGAAGCAAUCAAUAGUGCAAGUUUCAGUAAACUAUUAGAAUUGAAACAGGAAGCUGAACAAAAACAAUUACAUCUAUUACAGAUAUUAGAAACGGAACAACGAGCUAAAUGGCAUUAUGUUAAACAGAUUGAAGAGUUGACAGCUGAAAUAAAACAGUUGAAGUAUGAGUUCAACGAAUAUCGUAUAGACCGUAGAUUCAAUUUGGAAUUUGAAAAUGAAACUGAAGAGUUGAAAAAAAUCAAGAAGGUUCAAUCAUUUUUUCGUGGUUGGUUAUGUCGUCGUCGAUGGAAGCAUAUUGUUGAAGAGUAUAUUCGAUCAGAACAUGCAGAAUCAAUGCGAAAACGUAACAGUAUUGUAUUUGGUUUAGUAGAAUGUGAAGAUGAAUAUGUUCAACAAUUAUCUAUACUCGUAACAUGUUAUCUAAGACCAUUUCGUAUGGCAGCAAGUUCUAAGAAACCAAUUGUUAGUCAUGAAGAUGUCAAUUCAAUAUUUUUAAAUGCUGAAGCGGUGCUAUUUCUACACCAAGUUUUUGUUCAAGGCUUACGUAAUAAAAUGGAACAUUGGCCAACUUUGCAAUUGGGUGAUCUUUUUGAUUUAUUAUUACCAAUGUUGGGAAUUUAUCAAGAAUAUGUACGUAAUCAUCAUUAUUCUUUACAAGUGCUAGCGGAAUAUAAACAACGUCCAGAAUUUACGCAUAUGCUAAAACGCUUAGAAGAGAAACCAUUAUGUGAAGGCAGAUCAAUUGAAUCAUUUCUAACUUAUCCAAUGCAUCAGAUUCCUCGGUAUAUUAUUACGUUGCAUGAAUUGCUUGCUCACACACCAUAUGAUCAUGUUGACAGAAAGAAGCUAGAAUUCGCUACAUCAAAACUGGAACAAAUUUCCCAUAUUAUGCACGAUGAGGUCAGUGAGACAGAAAAUAUACGCAAAAAUUUGGCUAUUGAACGUAUGAUUGUAGAUGGAUGUGAUCUGUUGCUUGAUGUCAACCAAGUAUUUGUACGUCAAGGCACUUUAAUUCAAGUGAUGUGUGAUAAACUUCGUUCAUCACGUUCAAGAUUAGGUAAUUUUGGUUCAUCUUGUAGAGAGAGAAAGGAAGCUAUUCGUCAAGUUUUCUUAUUCACUAAUCAUUUAUUGAUUACUGCUCGAACAAAUAAUGGCAAAUUAAGAUUAGUCAAGAACUGUGGUAAAAUUUCAUUGGUUGAAUGUACACUUAUCGAAGAUACAACAGCUGAAUUAUUCAAUUUAGAUGAUGAAGACCAAUUAAACGUUGGAGCUGAACAGAAAGGUCAACAAGAAAGUGGUUCCAAUAUGACUAAAAGUUGCAUCAGUCAACUGUUAAACACAUCUCCGUUGACUGCAAGCACAACUAUUGAUCCAAAUAUGCGUAAUUCUUUUCCAUCCAGCACUGUACAUGAGUUAGGACAACAGCAACAACAACAUCAGUUGCGUAAACGUUAUACUUGUCCAGAUUCAACGCUUAGUCGGAGUACACCUGUAAAUAACUCCUACCGAACUGAUCAAGUGAGCAAGCCGAUACCUAUUUCCAAUACAACACAACAUUCAUUAACCAUUACAACAUCUGUUUCUUGGCUACCUUCUUUAACAGUUCAGCAUCGACAUUCUACCUCAUUAUGCACAACAGCCAAUGAAAGCGAUGUACAUACUACACCAAGGAGUUCCGUCAUCUCAUCUUCUAUUAUUAUGGUCAACAGUGCCCCCACCACUACCACUACCACCACUACUACCACAACUACUCUAUCUUCCAUCCCUACUCCUAGUCAUACUAAUAAUUUAGUGAUGCACGGUCGUAGUAGUUCUACAACCCCGGAUAUUAACAUUAUGAGUCCAAGUUCAUUAUCAGCUCAACCGACAAGUCCAUCAAUUUCAAUGCUACAUAGAUUUAACAGUAAUACAGGUCUAUUGAAUACCCUCAGUAAUGCUGCAUACAGUACAGAUAAAACAGAUUAUGGUAAUUUAGAUUUUCGUUUAAUAUGGGAACCUAAAAAUGGUCAACCAACUAGUAUAUGGCUUGUUGCCUCAACAUUACAAGAAAAGGCUGCAUGGUGUUCAGAUAUCAGUCAGUGCAUUGAACAAUUGCAUUACGGUGACAUUUUGAAUUCUGCUCAAUCAGAUGUCUCUUCUGUAGCAAUGCCUCAGUCAAUACGAUCUGAUCCAAAACUGUUUAAAGAUGAUGUUGAUAUUAAAUUCAGUCAUACAUUGAAUUCAUGCAAAGUACCUCAGAUUCGUUAUGCAACAGUCAGUCGUUUACUUGAUCGUUUAACUGAUGCCAGAUUCUUGUCAAUCGACUUCUUGAACACAUUUCUUCUCACCUAUCGUGUAUUUACUACUGGUCUCUCAGUCAUAUGGUCACUGAAUCAAGUGUUGGCCAAUCCAGAUGUGGACGCGACGAUUAACAAUAGUGCUGUACAUCCAAGUCAAAAUCAGUCCUUUACUUACUCACAUUUCGAAAACGCUGAAUCACGUGAUCUAUUGUAUAUGACAAGAUCUUCUGAAGUAUCAUUGACAACUAAUCGAUUACCAGUUUUAGAAGAAGCAGUACCUAGUACAACUGAUGAUCUCUCAUCUAGUCCAAAUUCAAAUUCACAAACAGAAGAUAAACCAGAGUUUAGUACUAGAAUGAAUAUGAAUGUAUCAAGUGAAUUAUCCACAUCGUUACCAUUAAACAGGCUGGAUCAAAGGAUGAAACAGUCAGAAGCCUCUAGUCCAACUGCAUCUACAGGGAAUUGUACACAUGGUAAUAUACUUAUAGAAUCGCAUAAAAACUUACUUCCAUCUCCAUUAUCUACCUCAGAAGCUCACUGUUCAUCAGGUGAAGAGUACAAUUCCAGUUUAAUGAGUCAAUCAGAGAUAGGUGAUAGUCAUCAUAGUGUAUCCACUGAUAAACAACUGAUUAAACAGGUGAUGAAUAGAAGUUUCCAUUCCUACAAUACAAGUACUAAUACCACUGGUAAUAACAAUAACACUUCUAUUACAGCUGUAUCGUUAAGUUAUCAUCCUACAACAGUCUUAAUUCCUCGUUCACCUGUAUAUAACACACUAGUGGAUUUAAGAGACGAUCCACCAUUGGAGUUACCAAUUCUACCAGAUCUGAAAACGUCGGACAAAAAGCAUCAACCACGUGAAUCCAGGGAAAAAGUGGAAACUACCUCAGUCAUCUCUUUAUCCUUGGAUGAAUGUAACAGCACACAGAAAGGACAUAUACGUCUGGCUCCAUUGGCUUCUUGUGAAGUAAUACCAGAUGAAGCAGAUAUAUUGAACAGUUCAAAGAAAGGAAUUACAUCCAAUUCACAAACACCAAUAUCUUCUAAUCCUGAUAUCAAUAAGAAUGAAAAUAACAGUCAGCAGUAUGAUGGUGAUGACUAUACUACUAACAGUAGUACUGUACAUAUUAUCACUGGUAAUCAUUUAGAUAGUCAGUUGGAUAAAUCAACAAUCUUAUUACCUCAAGAGAAAACAAAGUCAGGAGAUGUAGAAGACAAUGAAGUAGUGAUUGUCAUGGUAAGAGGAGGAAGAGAAAGUGGAGUUCAAGAAAAAGAUGAAGAAGGAGAUCAUAUGAAACAUAGUCGGUCAACAAGCAUAUCAACAUCAGAUAUUGAAACUUCAGUCCCUUAUGAAAAUCAGCCAAAUGAAUGUUUAGAAUAUGUGCCAAAUUCAAAAAUCCCUGGUGAGAAUAUUGAAAUAAAACAUUUCAAAAAGAUGGAUCAAUUAUCAAUUUUAAAUAGUCAACAAUUUAGUCGUAGUUGGACAACUAUUAACUUAGAGGAUAAUGAUCGAUUAUUGAAAAAUUACUUAAAUCAAACAAUUGGUUCAUCAUUGUUAGCAACGGAGAAUAAUUAUGAUAGGCAACAAUCAUCAGGAAAUUUUGCAAAGAUAACUAUUGAAAAUAAUACAGUACAACGUAAGAAUACAAGUCAGUCGAUACAUUGUCCUAGGAGUCGAAACAUUGUCAGCUCCAUACAAAGGUCAACUACUGAAAUGAAACCUUCAACUAGCAGUAGAAGUAGAACACCGAAAUUUUCUCCAGUUACUGAAAGCUUAGAUUUAGCUACAAAAUUGACAGUAAUAACCAAGUCACCGAAAUCCUUCACAGCCUGUCAAUCACUUGCUAAGCAUACAAUGAUUGCAGCAUUGAAUUGUUCCAGAGCAUUUACCACUAACCUGAAAACAACAUGUACAAAUCAUAAUUCAGAUGUUGGCAUGAAUAAUAUUCUACAGUCAAAGUUUCUGGAAGAUCAUUAUCCAGAAUUUACAGAUGUUAUUCAUUCUUCACCAUCAAGUCCUAAAAAGUACUCAGAAGGUUCAGUGAUGAAAGAUACAAAACCGACUGUAAGUAUUCAUGAUACUUUGAAGGAAGGCGAUAACUCAGGUGUAAAAUUGUCUCACAUUGAUAAAACUUCUCCCAGUAAAAGUGGUAAUAUUACUGAAAUUACUACAACACGUGAAAUUCUGCCCGACAUUAAGAGACCAAUACAGAGCUACAAACCGUCUAGACUUGUCAGUUCUACAGAAGCAACAAGACAAAAGAAAUCUGAUACAUGUUUGGAUGAUCAGAGUAAAGUUUCUCGAAAACUUAAAGCACAAGACUCAAGAAAUUCAGAUGAAACUAAACCGUGCCCAGAAACAUCGCAUGCACCAUCUUUGACAAAUAGUCAACACUUACCAGCUGAUAUUAUCCUAAAGGAAAGACAAGAUUCGCUUAUUCCUCAACAUUUAGGAAUUGCUGAUUGUGCUAGAGGCUCUGUCGUGUCUUGGUCUGGUGUUUCUAAUAUUUCAAAGCCUAAACGUCCUUCAGUAUUUUCAUGCCCUGAAGCAGAAUUUGAAUCACCCAGAUCAAGUGUUAUCAAUCCAUCUUUAAGUGAAUUAGUGGCAAAUAAAAGAACACGACCAGGUGCAGUGGUCACUUCUUCAAGACGAUCAAAACGACGGUCGAGUAAUACUGCAGCUGCUCAAGCAUUUGCAGUCGCUACAGCGGGUAGUGCAAAUCCUUUGGCUGCAGUUGGUAUAAUGGGUUUAGGACCAAAUUUAUUUCGUCCAGGUGGUUAUCGUUUCUCAGCGGGUACAGCAACAGCUGCAGCUUCACAAGUUGGUCUUCGAUCUGGAUCAACUUCGGUUUCAAGUAGCAAUAGUAAUAUCAAUGUGGUUACAAAUCGUUCUUCUUCUUCUUCUCAAAACACUUCAAUCAGCAUGUAUCCAAUUUCUUCCAGUGUCACCAACACAAUGUCAUCGUCAACGUCAGUUACAGCGGCAGUGAUGACCACUUCAGCAGUAUCGUCAACAACGCCAACAGCAAACAUUUCUUUUCGUUUUAGUAUUGGAAGAAAUGGGUUGAAUGCAACAGCAACCAGUAAUACUACAUCAACAAAUAAUACUUUUAAUUUUCAUACCUACAAUCUAACUAGUCCAACCUUAAUCCAAUCGAAUAAUAUUGGUGUCAAUUCAGGAGCAUCUCAUUGUACUAAUCAAGCAAAAAGGAAUACAAUGUUGGCUACAGCAUCAUGUCUACGAGUGCUGAAUGUUGUUCGACACUGGAUUACUAAAUUCCCUGAUGAUUUCGAAAGUGAUGCAGUCUUAAAACGUGAAAUGCAAACUCUUUUAGAUGCUUUAGUCACUUGUCCUCACUUAAUGCCAAAUGAUCAAAAAGUGGCUGGUCAAUUGUUACUCCAAAUGAUCUCUGAUCAGUUAGUCCAUGAUAGAAUUGAUCUUGACAGCAUAUUAACACCGACACAAAUUCCAUCGGAGAAAAAUUUCGAUCAAUUGUCUGCAUUAGAUAUAUCGGAACAACUAACAUUUUUGGAUUUUCAAAUAUUCCGCUCUAUACGAAGCGAGGAACUACUCAAUCAAUCCUGGAUGAAGCUAGACAAGGAAGAAAAAGCUAAGCAUGUAUUACUAGUAUGCAAACGUUUCAACGAGGUCAGCCGUCUUGUUGUAUCCGAAAUCAUAUCACGCACAGAUUUAAACGAUCGAGUCAUGUGUAUUGACAAAUGGGUAGCUAUAGCUGACAUUUGUCGAUGUAUGCAAAAUUACAAUGGUGUACUACAAAUUUGUGCAGCCCUAGUAAAUAGUUCCGUUUAUCGACUAAAAAGAACAUGGGAAAGGGUUAGCAAACAAACUAAACAGUCAAUCGAUCGAUUACAAAUGCUUGUAGCAUCAGAUGGAAGAUUCAAGUCUAUGCGUGAAGCUCUACACAGAUGUGAUCCUCCAUGUAUUCCAUACCUGGGAAUGUAUCUAACCGACUUAUCAUUUAUUGAAGAAGGUGCAUUGAAUAUAACGGAGAAUAAUUUGGUCAAUUUUUGUAAAAUGCGUAUGAUUGCACAUGUGAUACGUGAAGUUCAACAAUACCAUCAAACUCCAUAUCUGAUAACUCAUAGAAGAGAUGUUACUGAUUAUCUUCUGGAUCCAACACGUCUUUUAGAUGAAGAGCAAACUUAUCAAGCAUCAUUAACUAUUGAACCAAGACAAUCAAUCAAUCGACAGUCAACAACAGGAUUCUCAUAG